AUGAUCAUAUUUUUCUUAUUAACACUUCUACUUUUAGAUACACUAUCUUUUAAAACUGCGCUUGUUCAUGCCCACCAACUUGAAAAGAAUUUACAAAAACGAGAUUUAAAUUUAAAUGCUAACCUUAACGCUAUUAGAUAUGUUUAUAUUCCAGAAAGAGUUAAACGAAAUUAUGAGAAAAGACAAUUUCCAAUUUCUGUAUGUGCUCAUGGUGAUGCUAAUUUUGAAGUCAGUGACUCUACUGACAAAACUAAUGAUAAUGUUAAUACCGUAAGGAAAAACAAUCAUAGAACUCAUGAGUUUCAAGAUUAUAUGCAUCAAAGAAUAGACCUCAAGACAUGUAUGGGUGAACCAGAAUUUGGCUGGAAGGAAGAGAUUCGUUUGCGUUUCAUGUGGUUUGAAUAUCGAUCAGGAUUUCAAAUAUUUGAAAGAGUCGGAUCUUGCGAGGGACUUGAACCUGGUCGUAGAGUGAAUCACAUAAUUGGUCGUAUUGUAUACUAA